UCCAUUUGGGACUCACCCCGCAGCCUUUGUAGAGACUGGAAUAAAUAUGCAGGGUGCACGAUUAUGUAUUUAGGUCUUUUAGGAUGAAUAGAUACUGUAUAUCUCAUCAGAUUUACAUGUACCGUAAGAUUGGUGGACGGAUGCCUGCCUAGCACACAUGAAAAGUGCCUCCCUGGUUUCUGGUUUGUAUGUAUGGAAUAUAGGCCUUGUCGAAGUCCGUUUUGUAGUCUUCCUUGUCAAUGGGCAACGCACACAGCGACGAUCAUCCAGAGUAUGAACUCUAUUACCAGAUCCUCAAAGUCAGGCACCAGGCUAAGAACGAACAGCCCUCUGCAUUGGACAAGGAGGUGGAAUCCGUGGUGAUGGAACUGCAGGAAGAAUUGAUCUCAGUCCGAUUAAAAGAAGCCGAAUCGGCGGAGUCUCUCAAAAGUUUUAGCACCAAGAUUGAGAGUCUGGAAAAGAUUAAUCAGAAGUUAAGGAAAGAACCUGGACAUUCCAUCGCCGCCCUGCAGGAUGAGCUGAUAGCGGUCAAACUGAGGGAGGCCGAGGCCAACCUCUCUCUUAAAGAACUCAGGGAAAAGGUCAGCGACCUGGAGUCGCACUGGCAGAGACACCUGGAGAAGGUGACCGGGAAGCAGAAAGGGUCAAACUCAAGACCCACAAUCCAACAGAUCACGGAGGAGCUAAUGUCAGUCAGGUUACGAGAAGCGGACACAGCGGCUGACCUUAAGGAGACACAACAAAGAGUCAUGGAACUACAAACACAAAACCAAAUGACGAGUAACCAGAUGAGAAGGAUAGAGGAAGAGAGGAUAGAAGUCAAACAAGAUCUUGAGGCUUGUGAGAAGAGAGAACAAGAACUUCAGAGGCAAUUUUACGAGGCUCAGAAAGAACUAUGCAAACUAGAAGCAAGGAUCUAG